AGUCGCUCGUUGAUGACUCGUUUUGUUUCGCUUUGCACGAUUUCUUUUGCGGAAGGCUCGGCUUUGGUUGCAGUACGAGGCGCGUGUGUACAAAUUCAGGGGCAAAAGGGAGCAAAAGAAGAGAAAAAUAAAGAGCGUCGAGGAGCAGGAGGACUCACUAUAAAAAGGAACUUCCUUCCAAGUUCAUGUAGCCAUGCAGUGAGGUAUCUGAUGGCCUCCUAACUGGGGCUGUCCGUGUCAGAGGGGAAUCUUUAAAGGAGAGAGAAGAGUUUUCCACGGAGCAUGGCCUCAUCCAACGAUGAAGACAUGGGUGACAGACUGGUACACAUUAAGCAAGAGGACUGUAACUGGGGUCCAGUCGAGGACUUUUACGUAAAGUCAGAGGAUUGUGAGGAAAGCGUUUCACUCUUUAAAGAGGAGGAGUGCAAGGAGAUGAUAAAUGAAGUUAAAGUUGAGGAUUCUGAAGACUUCUCGGCUAGUCUUGAACUGCAAAAGCCUGAAGCUGGGAAUCUUUUCGGGCAAGGUGUCAGUGAUGAGUCUCAUUCCCGGGUCACUAAUGCGGGUCAGCUGGCUACCCAGCAAAAGUCUAUGGAGCUGAAAUCUGAGUUAGAGUUGGAGUUUGAAGAGAAGAAAAUCACUGAAGAAAUUUGGAGAGAGGAAGAAGAGCAGAAGCCAUCUAGGAGUGUGGGAACAAAUUCACAGGAGAAUGUCAACUUCUCCCCAUCCUCGUUUGCGCAGACCUCUCUUCAGUGUAGACGGCAACACAUCCAGGACAAAGAGAAGAUGAAGAAAUCUACUAGAGGAUCAAAUCAUUUAACGGCAGCCUCUUGGCAGUGCAGUUUUCUUCCUGCACAAGAAGUCAUCAAUACUGACCAACAACAAGGGCAUAACACAGUUCAGGAAGCAUUGUAUGCUGGACGAGAGUGCGGACAAACUUUUAGAAACAAGUCUAACUGUAAAACUGUCAAGCCAGUUCGCAUAAGACCAAAGCCACAUUGUUGUUCUGAAUGUGGCAAACAGUUCACUGUCAGUAGCUGUCUUCAACGGCACAUGAGAAUUCAUACUGGGGAAAAAUCUCAUUGCUGCUCUGAAUGUGGCAAACGAUUCUUUGACAGUUAUAAGCUCCAAAGACACAAAAUAAUCCAUGCUGGAGAAAAGCCCUAUAGCUGUGCUGAAUGUGGAAAACGAUUCCCCAGCAGUGCCCAUCUUCAGAGCCACACAAGAAUUCAUACAGAAGAAAAGCCAUAUUGCUGUUCUGAGUGUGGCAAGAGAUUCUUCUAUAACAGCUGGCUUCAGGCACACAUGAGAACUCAUACUGGAGAAAAGCCUCAUUGCUGCUCCGAAUGUGGCAAACGAUUUUCUGACAGUUACAAGCUCGAGAAACAUAAAAGAAUCCACCCUGGAGAAAAGCCCUAUGGAUGUUCUGAAUGUGGAAAAACAUUCACCAGCAAUACCCAUCUUCAAAGUCACACAAGAGUUCAUACUGAAGAAAAGCCAUAUUGCUGUUCUGAAUGUGGUAAAAGAUUCCUCUAUAACAGCUGGCUUCAGGCACACAUAAGAAUUCAUACUGGAGAAAAACCAUAUUGCUGCACUGAAUGUGGCAAACGAUUUACCGAUAGUCGUAAUCUCCAAAGACAUACAAGCAUCCACACUGGAGAAAAGCCCUAUGGCUGUGCUGAAUGUGGAAAAAGAUUCAUUAAAAAAAGCAAUCUUCAAAGCCAUAUAAGACUUCAUACUGGAGAUAAUCCAUAUGACUGUACCGAAUGUGGCAAACAGUUUACUACAAGUAGCCAUCUUCAGAGCCACAUAAGAAUUCAUACAGGAGAAAAACCAUAUUGCUGUUCUGAAUGUGGAAAACGAUUCACCCAAAGUUACCACCUUCAAAGUCACAUGAGAAUUCAUACAGGAGAGAAGCCAUAUUGCUGUCCCGAAUGUGGCAAACAGUUCUCUGACAGUAGUGCUCUUCGGCAACAUAAACAAAUUCAUACUGGAGAGAAGCGAUAUGGCUGCUUUGAAUGUGGCAAAAGAUUCUCCCGUAACAGCAGUCUUCAGAAACACAUAAAGCGUCACACUGAUCUGCAGUUAGCAAUGGCCUCAGCUGAAAAUAACGACAUGAGAGAAAGACUGGCACACAUUAAGCAAGAGGACUGUGAGUGGGGCGCACCCGACAAUUUGUGCUUGAAGCUGGAGGAUUCUGAAGGAACGGUUUCCACGUUCAAAGAGGAGUUGUCCAAGGAGAAGACUGUCGAAAUUAAAGUGGAGGAUUCAGAAGGUGUGCCAGUUAGUGCUGAGCUGCAAAAUCAUGAAACGAAGAAUCUUUUCAAGCAAGAAGAAUUUCAUUCCGAUUUACCGCACUGGGCCACUGACACGGGACAACUGGCUACCCGGCACCAUUUUCUGAAGCUGAAAUCGGAGUUUUGUGAGUUUGAGGAGAGAAGCACUGAAGGAAGCAGGAGGGAAGCAGAAGAGCAACAGUCAUCUAGGAGGGUGGGAAGAAAUUUCCAGGAGAAUGGCAGCUUUGCCUUGUCUUCAUUUGCUCAGCCUUCUCUUCAGUGCAGACUGCAACAGAAGCAGGGCAAGGGGACAAUGAGACGAUCAGAGAGUUUGACAGCGGCCUCUUUUCAGUCUGGUUCUCAUCCUGGUGGUGAACUAACAGGAACAGGAGUCAUCAACACUGAUGAACAACAAGUAUAUAAUACCAAUCAAGAGGUUUUACAUCCCAGCCAAGGGUGUGGACAAACAUUUAAAAUCAAAUGUGACUCUAAAGAUCACAACUCAGUUCAUAGAAGACUAACACCCCAUUCUUGUUCUGAAUUUGUAAACGGAUUUCUCCAUAACAGUAGCGUUCAGGAACAAAUAAGAAUUCAUACUAAUGAAAAAAACCAUUGCUGUUCUGAAUGUGAUAAGCGAUUUCCUGACAAAUAUAGGCUUCAAAGACAUGCAAGAAUCCACACUGGAGAACGUCCCUAUGGCUGUGUUGAAUGUGGAAAAAGAUUCACUGACAGUAGCCAUCUUAGAAGGCAUGCAAGAAUUCAUACUGGGGAGAGGCCAUAUGGCUGUUCUGAAUGUGGUAAAAGAUUCUACUACAGUAGCCAUCUUCAAUGCCAUGAACGAAUUCAUUCUGGAGAGAAGCCUUAUUGUUGCUCUGAGUGUGGUAAAAGAUUUUCUGAAUUUUCAAGUCACUAUAGACAUACAAGAAUCCACACUGGAGAGAAGCCAUUUUGCUGUUCUGAGUGUGGCAAACGAUUCCCUCUUAACAGCCGACUUCAGACCCACUUAAGAAUUCACAGAGGAGAGAAGCCAUAUGUCUGUUUGGAAUGUGGCAAACACUUAAGUAGCAGUAGCAGUCUCCAGUCUCACAAGAGAAUCCAUGCUGGAGAGAAGCCAUAUGUCUGUUCUGAAUGUGGCAAACAAUUCAGCAAAAGCUGCAGUCUUCAGUCUCACAAGAGAAUGCAUGCUGGAGAGAAGCCAUAUGUCUGUUCUAAUUGUGGUAAAAGAUUCUGUCACCGUAACUCCUUUCAACGGCACACACAAAUUCAUACCGUAGAGAAGCCAUACACUUGUUCUAAAUGUGGUAAACAGUUCUCUCAAAUCAGUGCUUUUCAGAAGCACGCACAGAUUCAUACUGGAGAGAAGCCAUAUGUCUGUUCUGAAUGCGGUAAAUGUUUCUAUCACAGUAGCUCUCUUCAGAGGCACAUACAAACUCAUACUGGAGAAAAGCCAUAUGUCUGUUCUGAAUGUGGUAAAAAAUUCUACCACAGUAGUUCUCUUCAGAGGCACACACAAAUUCAUACAGGAGAGAAGCCAUAUUGUUGUUCUGAAUGUAGCAAAAGAUUCUUCUAUAGCAGCAGUCUUCAGAACCACCUAAAAAGUCACACUGUUCCACGGUCAUGAAUUUGGCAGAAGAUUUUCCCAUAGCAGCAACAUUCACAAUCAUUCAAAAAUUCACACUUUAGAAAAAAGGUAUUUCAACUGUAAAUAUGGUGAUGUUCAAAAAGAAAUGGCUGAGAACAUACACUUUCCCUGUGUUAGAAUAUGGUGGAAUUGUGUUGGAUCGAUACAACAUUUUUGGCUUCAGUACCAACACCAAAACGAUACCGUUUUGUAAAAAGGGGUAACUUGCAAUUGUGAAAUAGGUAUUUUAAAUUCAUAUUAAUAUGUUAAUAACAUUCUUUCUUUCCUCUUAGUCUUCAUGAUUGUAAUUUAUGUGGCCUAAACAUUUUCCUUCCAAGCCUUGAUAUAUUUUACCAGAAUUGCAUCAAGUAGGAUAACAUCAUCUAAUCGAUUCCUAGAGACAGAAUGGUGGUGGGAAUAUCCAUACAAAACCUUAAGUUUUGCCUAUGACUUUGAAACCAGCAGGUCGCAUUGCAAGGUGGAGGGAUGAACUGAGAUAAUACUUGGCAAGCAUAUGGUGCCAUAUUGUGCAAACUGGCAAUGCACACAUUUACUCUCCCUGUUACCCUGGUCAAUGUUGAGCACGAAUCGGGACACAUUCUGUCACAUAUGUGUAGUAUUUGAAAUGAGAAGAUAAUGGAGGAUUACCUGUUGUGUUUGUCUGAACUUUGUGAAGUUUUAAAUUCUCCUUGGCGUCUUGUCUGGCUAAACAAGCCAUUUGGCAAGUAAGCUGUAGCAGCAGAAAUCCACAUUGAUCAACCUUUAUUUUUUCGGUCGCAACUGUAAAACUGUGUGGUUAGUAGGCUUAAACGCACUUAAUUUUAUCCUGCCGUCCUGCCUUUUUUGUAUAAUGAUGACAUUUAUUUUUUAAUUUAAUAGAUGAUGUAAAUGGCCUAGGUUAUAAACGCUUUGAUAAUUGGUUAUCUUACAUUUACUAGUUCUGUGACCUGUUUAUGAUGAACGCUUUAAACAUUUUUUCUUGGGUUUCUACUGAGAUGUUAACGGUAGGUGAUGGGCAGGUGAAGCCCCCUGAAGCUCCUCUCCGAUUGUGAUGGGAAAAGAAAAUUAGUGACAUCUAGUGGUUUACAGAAAUCAUUACAGCCUUUAGCUUUUAGGAGACCCCCGGAGGAAGCGCCUAUAUGAGCCCUUGUUGAUCGUAUAGUUUCACUCAGACAAAAGCGCUAAAAUCCUAAGAUCAGUCUGUGCAUUCAUUUUAAUCUUAUGAUAAUGGCGUCAUUAAAAUGCUGCAAUAAUUGUACAAGUUAGUGUGGGCACCCAUUUUCUACAAUAAAUAAG